AAGAAAAAAGACAAGAAAAAUAAGUUGGAUGUCAAUGGCGACGUAAGCUACAAUGGUCCUCCAGAAGUAGAGCUGCCCAGCAAUGCAUCGGCUUUUGCUGUUUUCGCUAGUGUAAGAGCUACAGUUUUGGAGAAACAUGCCAGAGCUACGACCGAAGUAUUUAGAGCUUCGAGCUGCAGUUCACCGCCUUUGCCCGAACUCAGCGAUACCAUUGACAGUGACAGCGAUGAAGAAGUCAGGAUUUCAGCCCCACAUAAUUUACCAAAGAUUGUCGGCAUCGGAUUACGUAGUGUAUUUACAUUGAUGCGUGAAAGUAGAACCGUCGAGCCUCAAUUAUGCACAAAAGCAUUAUGUGCAUUACUGGACGUAUUGCAAGGCCAACUUCCUGAAGGUCUCGGAUCUGAGCCUGAUGAUGUUGUUGAUCCACUCUUCGAUCUUUUAUUGGAUCUUGCAACGUCUCACGGACCUGAGUCAGCGACUGCUAACGAUGGGAGUCACCUGACUGCAGUUGCUUGCGCGUGUUUGCUAAGUUUGGUUGUAGUUAGAGGUGAUACUGGCCAAAUUCUAGCAGCCACAGCUGCGCUACUCAUGUGCCCACGAGCACUAGCCGCUCAAAAUAUUCAGAUGCCAUGCGUGUUGACCGCAUUACAAAGAAGCGUCCAUAGCGUUUUGCUUGGUAAGCUAGCAAGGCCGGAUUGGAUAACACAUGGAGUUCCUAAAAGUUCUAAGAUUAACACAUCUACGCUUAAAUUACCAAAUGAAAUGAGUAACGUUGUGCUCAAUGGAAGAAGUUUUGUAAGUGAUGGAAAGUACCUGUAUUUACACACCAAUCGCGGAUUAUUGAAGAUUGGCAGUGGACACGGCGGAACAAUUUGGGGGCAUUUAUAUGCUCACAAAGCUGACUUCUACCCAACAGAAACUGGAUGGCUUGGAUUUGCAAACGGACUGUUAUAUUUUAAGUGCACACCUAGGAAACAAUGCGAAUUAUUGAUAUUAGACACGGAAACUCUAAUGGUAAGAGGCGUGGCGGUAUUAGAAGGACGUGACUGGCCUGCUUCCGUUAUGUUCUCUGACGGAGAAAAUUUGGGCAUGAUUACUGCAGCCAAAGAUGAGGGCUUCGUAGUUCGUACAAUUAAUACAUUGAGUAAUCCUGUGACAGUCACAUCCGAGCUGCCAUUGAAAUUGGCGAGAAAAUGUGUCGAUGUCAUUGGCUCAGCAUCGUUUGAUGAAGAACAAAAUGUACAUACACUGAGUAUUGGAUGCGACGAUGAAGUCUCGUUCGUUACAGCAGGCAAAGAGUUUGCCCUGUUGAGAACUGUUACUGGAAAGGUAUUAUACAGUGGGAAAGGAAGCUCUUUAGGGAUCAAGGGAAACGGAAGGCCCAACAGGUGGUCAGAAUUAACUUUGGGGAAAGGACCACGCGUAACUCACAUUGCUGCAGGCCACGAUGGUCAGCAUGCCAUUAUAUUGCUGGAAGAUGGAUCUGUGUUAUUUGUUGGAACUGCGAGGCGUGGGGAAGACGGCGAUAGUAAUAAGGCUAGACGGCAGCCAAAACCAGUUAAACCAAAGAAAAUGCUCAAAGUUGAGGGGCAGUUUAUAGUAGACGCAGCAUGCAACAAUGGAUCAACCGCAUUAGUAACUAAAGAGGGCUCUCUGUUGAUGUUUGGAAAAGACGCAACUCAUUGCGAUAACGUUUCUGGUGUUGUUACUGAUCUGAGUGACGUUCACGUGGCACAUGUUUCUCUUGGAAAAGCUCACGCUGUCGUUUUAACCAACAAGGGGCAGGUUUACACUUUCGGAAUAAACAACAAAGGGCAAUGUGGACGAGACUUUACAACUACUCAUACUACUAACAAAGAAGUUACUGUUGUGGCGAUGGAAACUGGUACCGGGGAAGACGAACUGAUUGUUGCUGAAGAGGAUGGUAGAGGUCCAAGCGACGAAUGGGAAGAAGCAGCUGGGAUGUGCCCAGCGGGACAGCAUCAGUGGAGACGCAGAGUUUGCAUGGUGUGCACUGUGUGUCGAGAGUGUACCGGAUACAGUAUAAGUUGUCUGAGCAGUAUUCGUCCCGAUCGAAAUCCUGGCCAAGAAUGCGGUUGUGGAGAAGGUGACAGUGGCUGUGCAGAGUGUGGCUGUUGUCGUAUCUGUGCAGGAGAGAGCGUCGAUAAUGGUGGUGAACUAGCUGUAUUGGGACCUUCCGGAGUUGGUGAUAUAACUGACAUGAUGAGAGACGUGAUGUUUGGAGCUCGACAUGGGGUUAAGCUGCAAGAUCAUUUACAAAAAAGAUUGGAGGAGAGACGGCAGAGACAGAGAGGUAAACCAGGUCCAAGUGUGACGAAAUAUGCUAUGAAAAUUAAAGGUGGCAACAACCAAAGAUCCGCAGGGCCGAGCGUCAUUGCUCUGAAAGGAGCUGGAGGAAAGGGAGACGCGGCGAUACCCAGUAACGUUCCAGCAGAAGAAGGUAUUGGUGGAAGCGAUUUGGAGAGAGGAGAUGCCGCUCGAGUGUCCAGCUUACCAGCAGCUAGACUGCCGAUACCAGCCGACAGCCCUGUUGUACAAAUUGCAUGCGGUCUCCAUCAUACAGUUCUUCUCUUACCAAAUGGUCAAGUUUAUACAUUCGGCAGUAAUAUAUAUGGACAAUUAGGAGUUGGAGAUUUGAUAGCUCACGCUGGUCCAGUUCAAGUAAAACUGCCCAGUAUUGCAUGCCAGAUUGCAGCUGGCAGUAAUCAUUCUGUCAUUUUAACAUCGAAGGGAGAAGUUUACACUUUUGGGUCGUACCAGAAAGGACAAUUGGGAAUGAAUUGGUGGAGUGGACAGAACGACGCCACCAAUGUCAGCUCUCAGUCUAAUCGUAGAUCUGAAAGAUCUCAGCCGUGGCACAGCUUUCCUAACAAAGUUCCAAAUAUCGGACCAAGAUGGGGUCGACGUGCAACUUGGAUUGGAGCUUCUGGAGAUCAGACGUACAUUAAAAUUGAUGAAAUCAAUUCGAUUAGUCUCACAAGAAGCACAGUUAUGGCGAAUAAAAAUAGUAUCAUCUUACUUUCGAAUCAGAACGAUCAUGCAAACUCUUUUAAAUGUCUUGUGAUCAACAAACGAGAUGGAAACUGCAACAGCUACAGCGGUUCCGAUCAAGUUGACUUCAGCCACACAGCGAGCUGCCUAGACCCGCUCUACAAUGUAAUUUGGAGCUUCAAUCCUGCUAAUAAUGAGAUAAAUUGCUACAACGUUAUAUCGACGGAAGCCCGUUCGAUUGCUGGACUCGACAUGUCUAUACUGAGUCCUGCGUUGGCUCUACCAGUCGUUUCAAAUUGCUUUGUAACAAGAUCUCAAGCUGCAAUGCACCUCUUGGGCUGUCUUGAUAGUCUGACACAGGCUCAAGAUGAGAAGUUGGUCGUUGUCGAGGAACAUGAAUGCACUCAAACUUCUCAGGGAAAAGUUUAUAGCAGAGAAGAUUUUGUCACUGUUAGCAGAUUUGAAAGUCAUGGCGGAGGUUGGGGAUACUCUGGUCACUCGAUUGAAGCUAUUCGUUUUAUGGCUGACACGGAUAUCUUAUUGGGAGGUUUUGGUUUAUUUGGUGGUCGCGGAGAAUAUACUGGUAAAAUAAAACUCUUUGACAUUGGAAUUGAUGGUGGAGAUCAGGAGACAGACGGUGAAUUAAUAGCAGAAACUGAAGAGAUUCCUUAUGAAUGCGGACCGAGACAAAAAUACCCAAUGUUAUUUGACGAGGUGAUACAGUUGCAGGCUAAUAGAUGGUAUGUUGCAUGGGCAAGAGUUAGUGGUCCCUCUAGCGAUUGUGGGUCAAGCGGACAGGCAAUGGUUACAACGGAAGACCAGGUACUGUUUUAUUUCAAAUCUUCAAAGAAAUCCAACAAUGGAACUGACGUUAAUGCUGGACAAAUACCGCAACUGUUGUACUGUGUUAUUACACCGGAAAAUCAAACUCCAAACAGACAAAGUGAUCAGGGAGAACCAGUAUACAUAUUGAGUAGAGAGUUUAGUAGAACUGUAACCAAGGAGUGCUUUCAAUCUUUGAUAUCCCUGCUGCAAUGGAGUUGGAAUACUCUGAAAGCUGGCUUGUCUGACACUGCAGUUCAUGUAGCGUCGUCAUCGCAUGCAAUGCUGGAAAUGGACAGGCUCGUCUACAUCAGUAAAGCCAGUCUGAGAUUAUUGCGAACGUAUACUAACGAGAUUUACCCAAAUCAAGUUGUGAAAAAAACGCCACCUGAAUCCGUACGAUUGGCAGAAUGUAUUGGAGAAGUUAGAGGACUUCUUCGUCAAAUACUUUCUGAUGUUAUUCCAAUCACUGUAAAGAAUAAAGGAAAAACACGAUCUACCAAAAGUUCCACAAGUUUGAGUUGUAAGAUGACGGGAACCAUUCUUGACGAGUGCCACAAAACUUUCGUUUCCUGCUAUCACGCAUUUUAUCCUACAGCUUACCUGAAGUGGACUUCACUUUGCGACCUGUUAUCUGAAAUUGAGAAGGAUCAGGGCACUUCUUCAAAGGAUCGACUGUUAUCGGCAGUUUUGGCAUCCCUUUGCCACCCAUCUGUCAGACUUCGCUGUACUUUUCCAAUAUUAAACAACGUAAUGGACAGUACAGACAGUAUCAAGCGGCAAUUGAGUCCAUCUGAUAACGCUGGUUUGCCAAUGAUGAACUCGACCGAAGCACACCACUAUCCUAUCCUUGUAGAGCAAAUAAGCUAUAAGUCUCAGAUCGAAAGUUCGAAUAGAGGAUCGUUGAAUUGGUCUUUUCGCGAGGUGUUAGACAGAUUGUUGGACCUGGUGCUUAUACCAGUACGAAAAAGUCUAUGCAGAGAGAAAUCCCAGUCCUUGCCAGACUUGGUUCUACACUGCUGCCAUUUGUUGGCAAGGGUUAUAGCCGAGUUAGCUUCUCAGUCGAGUGGAAACGACAACGAAGUACAAGGAGCCUGUGGGCGAAUGAUGUACACGACACCAUCCAGAUUCACAAGAACGAAUCAGAGCAGAUCUUGGAACACUGGGAAUGGGUCACCAGAUGCCAUUUGCUUUUCGGUUGACAGACCUGGUAUCGUUGUUGCCGGCGUUGGGGUUUACGGAGGUGUCGGUGUCUAUGAAUAUGAAUUGGAAUUGUUAGAUGACCAAAAUAAUACUGGCAACGAUCCUUCUCACACUCAGCGUUGGAGCAGUCUGGACGCUUCAAGGGGCUCCUUUGGCCCUGAAGAUUGCGUCAAUGAUGUAGUCGAGUUAAAGUUCGAUAAGCCAGUAUCUAUAAAAGAAAAUGUGAAGUAUGCCAUACGCUUACGCAAUCGAGGAGGAAGAACUAGCAACGGUGACGGUGGUUUGAGCGUUGUGAAAGGACCAGAUGGGACCACAUUUACAUUCACCGCGUGCUCGCUGAGUUUCAAUGGCACAACGCAAACACGAGGACAAAUUCCGCACAUUCUUUACUACUCGAAUCCGCAAGAUUCGGAAACACAACAAUCGACAAAAGCGGUGGCAGAAUUGCAGGCCCGGAAAUGUACACUGGCAAUGACGGCGACAAUAAUGCAGCGUGCAAAUGAAAUUUUGUCUCUGGCGAGAGAAAGAGCCGAAGAUUUUUCCUCCAAUGAGAUUCUUGGGAACGCAGCUUUUGUCACGACUCUCCUGCCUUUGCUUAUGGCUCACAUUAGCCCGCUAGCGACUUCAGACCCUCGGAGCGGAGUGCAGGUUUUGACUCUAAUCCAAGAAAUGCUUCCACACAUUUCGGCGCUUAAUCAGAUAUCGGCAAUGGGAUCGUCGCAGAUAUCACAAGACAGUGAGGUUCAGUCGCACAGUGUUCCACCGGUUACGACUAGCCAGCAUUACACGUGGUUGGAAAGCGAUCAUCCUUACAAGCCGGCCACAGUUUCCUACUACAAAGCUGCAUUUGCCGAAACAGUGAGAUGGCUCAGUGUCGAGUUUACUCCUGACUGUGGAACUGCACAACCUGAGGAUUACCUGCAGCUCUACAUACCCAGCAGAGUAGCCAGCCCACCCAUAACCGUUGGUGCUGCAACCACACCAUCGGAGGAUAAUCUACCACACUGGCCCGUUCUUCACAAGUUGAGCAGUAUACGGAGUCAAUGGCCACAGAAUGCUGUCGUUUUACCAGGAAAUGAAGUGAUAUUUUCAUUGGAAACUGCGUCCGAUUAUGUCAAGGACGAUCGCUCCAACACUUACGGUUUCAAGUGUUUAGUCAUCGGAUACGAAUGGGCCGGUAGUGUAGGUGGAUUGAAGCAUCUGGAAACCGAAUUGGCAUUUCUCGGCGGUGCCUGUGCAGCGAGCUUGAUGAAGAAGCACAUGACGUUACCACCUGUGUCAGUCGAGGAAAUUGAAGAGGAUCUUGAACUCGCCCAGGACACAGCUAAGCGGCUUUUUUCUGGAUACUCAGCGCUGCUCGGAAGAGGAUUCGCCCUCACAUCUCCACCUACGGUGUCCCAGGCCCUCGAAGGCGUGCUCCCGUUUAGUUGCCACUCGAACGAGCGACUCUUCUUGCGGGAUUUCGUUUCUUGCUCGGCCGGAACAAGCGGAGGACGUUUAGCGCGAUGGUUGCAACCGGACAGCUUCGUGGAUCCUGCAAAAUGCGAGGCUCUUUAUUCAAGGGACGAGAUGAGAUGUGGAUGGCCGGCGAUCGUCACUGUUCUUACAAGGGACCAAUACGGCGAAGUGGUUCACGUGUCGGGCCUGAAGAUCGAAGUAAAGGCGGUUCCCAUCGACAAAAAAGACAUCGCGGACUCUGACCAGGGCAGAAAAAUGCGUCGAGUAUCGCAACCGGACCCAAUGACUUUCGGUGGUCACCCUCAGCCGACCCUUGACGUUCCCUACGAAGUUACUGUCAAUAACAAAAUGUGCUUCUACGCUAUCACGAUCAUGAAAGCCUACCAGAACUACUCGUUCGAAGAACUGAGGUUCACCUCUCCAGCGGUAAAGAGAUCCAGCGAAAGCAUGCUCGUCAGACCGAAUGGCGAUGGAAGCUACAGUGCGACCUGGACUCCAGCCUCCGUUGGCUGGUAUUCUCUGAUGGUUACUGUGGACGGGUACAGCAUGGAGGAUAAUUACAAGGUCGAGGUGAAGGAACCACCUCAAGGCAUCCAACCUCCGACCCAGAACAUCGUAAAGAAGCCUCAGCACCAGCCGAGCAGACUAAGGAAAUUUGUUGCAAAGAAUAGCGCCGGGCUCAGGAUCAGGGCGCAUCCUUCUCUCCAGAGCGAACAAAUCAGCGUCGUCUUUCUGAAUGAUACAAUAGGUUUUAUAGAUGAGGUGCACAACGACGACGGUGUCUGGCUGCGUCUCAACGCGGAAACCAUCAAGCAAUACUGCAAGAGUGGGCACCUCGAGGCCUGGUGUCUGCAGUACAAUCAGCAUCUGGGAAAGACCCUGUUGCUUCCCGUCGAGGAGCCGAAAACUAUUCUGGACCAAGUGAUAAAGGAAACGAUCUUGCGGAAGAGACCGGAGCACACCGAUGACAGGCGAAAGACCGUCACUUUCGACAGUGGGAAAUGCAUGGUGGUCGUAAAGUGUGGAGCUUCCGGUCACAACAUUCGUAGCAAGCCAAGCCUCAAAGCACCUCCGGUCGGUAUGCUGGCCCUUGGAAACGGCAUCACUAUUCAAGAAUACCACGUUAACAGCGAAGGUACCUGGGUACGGAUGGACGACGAGGCGGCAAGCAAAUAUUGCUUUCAUCCUGAAGACGAGGCCUGGUCACUAGCUGUGAACAAGCACGGCGUUGUUUAUAUGAAAAUUGAACAGGAGCUUGAGAACAACCAAGCAGAGAAAAAGCUGACGAUGCCUGAUGCCUCGCUUUCGCAUGACAAUAUAGGCUUCGAUUUUUCCACACCGUCAGACAGCAAUGAAGGGUUCAACUUCACAACGCGAAAUUUUACCCCAGGAACUGCCGGGUCUAGGGAAGGAAUCAACAUAAAUCCAUUCCUAUUUGGUCUUUACAAUCAACAUGAUUCUCCAGGGAGCGAUAGAUUUACUUCAGAGAAAAACGACGCCUCGCCAAAGUUCAGUACAACGCACACCAAGGAACGAGUGACCAAAGAAAGGGAACGAGAAGUUGGUGGUAAAUUUAGUGUGCUUCAAAAAUGGUUACGGGGUGAAGACAAAAAUCAUGGAGAGAAGAAGGGAUCGCCUGGAAAAGAUAUUCCAGAGUAUGUCGCAGUCGCGGUGCAGGAUCUGGUAAAAGCUAUAGGCGAAAGUCGGACCAAUGGUAACGGAUCGACUCCUCCAGGAACACCAAGGAAAACAUCGAGAAGUUCUUCUCCAAAAAAUACCCAAGGUGGGUCUCCACGAAUUCACAGCCGUUCUUCUAGUCCAGUCCCAAUACCUGCGGGGUCCUGCCGACAGCCAAUUGGUUCUGGCAACUGCCUCUUUCCUCCCGCUGCUAACAUUCCAGGUGGGAGGAAUUUGAUAGGCGGGGGGGACAGUGCUGGCAGCAGCCCUCUGCUCUGCGGCUCCCCUCGAAGUAUCGGGAUAUCUCCGUUAGCGUCUGGGGCAACGGUCGAUUCUGCUACAUCUCAUCGUCGUGGUUCAACUCAAAGUGAUACCAGCGCACUAGUUAGCAGUCUCACCAGAGAUCCGUCGCAAUCGCCAAGUGGAGUUAGCUGCAUUACAGCAAACACACGAGAUUUGUCUCCGAGUCCAAGCUGUAGUUCAAUCCACAUGCGAUCAGAGGAUAGCAUUGCUAGCCCACCAGACACACCGCGAAAAGAGGCUGAUUCUCAAGAAAGUCCGCGUAAGAUGUCACAGGCCCAAACUCAGACCAGCCCUGACAACGCCACAAUAGCAAUGAAGGGUCACUUCAGCAUUGGGGCUUCAGGGACUAAGGAUGAACGUCUCUCUCCAAAAUUGACUCGCAAGGAUCAUAGUAAGGGCUUGAAGACGCGGUUUAAACGAGCCAUGUCACCAGCCAACAGUCACCAAAUGCCUAGUACGAGUCAUGCAAUAAAUUUGAACAAAGAAAAGGUGAAAGAGGCUGUCAGCCCGUCGGUAGCCGAGUGUUUGAGAGCAGUUUUUGCCGCUUAUUUGUGGCACGAAGGUAUAGUGCACGAUGCCAUGGCUUGCGCAAGUUUUUUAAAGUUUCAUCCCAGCCUGCCAAAGCAGGGUGCACUUGUGGUGACGAGGCAGUCAGUUGUGCAAUCUAAUGACAAGCAAAAACAAGAAUUGACGAAGGAGCAAAAGGCAAGGCAAAGACAUUCUGUUGAAGUAAGUAACGCCGGUAAUUAUUUGCACAUCCAACCAAGUACACUAGAAACAUUGACCAGAUCUGCGGCGAAUGCUAAUGCUAAUCGAAGCCGGAAAAAGCAAGAAAACAUUAUCAAAGAGGAAGGUGAAGCGAGCAAGUUAACUGCCUUACCAGAAUUUCACACAGUAGCGAUAUUGCCACCGGCUUUGAAGUGCCUGGUGUUUCUUUGGGAAGAGCUGAGUACCAAUUGUCUCCAGGUCAUAAAUCAACAGAAUAUGAUCCACAGUCCCGUAGUGCAUAUGCAGACGAUAAGUCUAGCGAAAAAAUCGUCCGCAGAUAAAACUUUGAAAGAAGAGAAGUCGAGAGACAAGGAGAAGAAGACUAGUAAGAAGAAAAAAGAAUGGAAACCAGCUGGACAAGCAAAUGCAGGGGAAAGUUUGUGCGGUAUUGAGCGUGAAACAACUUGUGAACUCUGCGGUCUGAUGUUUCCACACCCUGUGACCUAUCACAUGAAAAUGGUGCAUCCUGGUUGUGGUUGGCAUGCUGGUGGAAAAGGGUACAAUAGCGGAGGAAACUACUGCGUCGGUUGGGCAGGUGAUUGCGGAGAUGGAGGAGUUGGUGCAAGCUCUUGGUAUUUGAUAUGCGAUACUUGUCGAGAGAAGUAUUUGAAGACUAAGAAAAGUAAGCUGAGUAAAAAAUCUGUCAGUGGAGUUACUCGAAGGAAAGGAGCAAUCAAUAGGAUUCUUUCUCCCACCAAUAGUCCAAGUAGAAACGAAACGCAUAUAGUCAUGAAAAACAAUGCAAUGUUCUUGCUCGACUUGGCUAGUGCCUCAGGUUUGAGCAUUCCGAAACAGCAGCGACGACCGUCGCAGACUUUGUCCUCUGUAGCAGAAAAUCAUAGUCCACCUGAACCAGCGGGACCGUUUCCUCCCACCGGCCCAUUUCAGUGUUUGCAAGCCCUUGGGAUUAACAACUCCCAGAGCCAUGAUGAAAGAUAUUACGAGGAAACGUUGAGGAGACAUAGCGGACAGCAUAAUCCAUACGAGGGAAAUGGUUCGUUUAAUAGCAGUACUGGAAGGCCAUUAUCGGAAGGUCCCGUAAGCGAUAGUGACAGUGACAGCGGCAAGGGCAGAGGAAUGUUUCACAGGUCAGUUUCUAUGUCCACUGGAGCUCCGUGGGCACGAAAUAGUAAUGAUGGGAGAGUUGUUAUGAUGCGGAAAAGAAACAAUAGUAGCAGUGAAAUGAAUAACGACGCUGGUUCUUCGCUUCUGUGUUACCCGUCGGCAGCGUUGCAGAAGUUGGUACCUUCGAUAGACCAAUCAGCAAUAGUAUCGACUAGUCAAGCGGAAACAGCGAACAAUGUGAAAGUAGAGAUACUGAGAAGACCGGUAAUGUCGUUUGUGUUGCAUCAACAUAAUUUACAAUAUCUUCAACUUGCUAUGAAGCAGGCAUUGAGACGUGCUGCGUGUCGUGUUUAUGCUAUGCAAGCGUUGAACUGGUUACUCAGAAGCGUUACUCAGCCAAUAUGUUUGCACGAUUUACUAUGGUGGUUUCUGUCUGCUCUAACACCUGUAACACCUGAUACGCUAGACGUCAGUGAAGACGAUAAUCGAACUGAGAAAAGGGAGGAUCACGAUAUGAUCGGCGUCUGCGAACAUCCACUAAGUGAUUUAGUCAUCGCUGGCGAGGCUGCCAAUCCUCUUGCAGCCGCAUUUCACACUUUAUUACAAACCAUUGCUGAUUUAAUGCUUCUACCGCCGCCAGGCUCACCCCUACAGCAAGCGGCAGUGAGAUGUUGGGGAAUAAGAUUUACCCCUGCCGAUCAUAUGUUCUUGCAUCGCAGUCAUGUGUUUAGUAAUAUUAGUAAAAUUCUGUCACGUUCGGAAGAAGAGGAAGACAUCAAUAUAAGUAUGCAUGAGAGUCAUCAGUCAAUGUUUUCGCAACACAUUACGAACUCUGUCGAAGCAUUGAAAGAUUUGACGGGUGGAGUUGAGAUUAAGGCAUCGAGUAGACAAGCUAUGAUCGGCAGUCUCACAGAUAAUUCUACCGAAACGUUUUGGGAAUCUGGUGAUGAAGACAAAAAUAAAACAAAGGCGAUCACUAUACUCUGUGGUGCACAUUCUUAUCCUAGAAUGAUCUAUAUCCAUAUUGAUAACUGCAGAGAUUUGGCGAAUAAAGUUUCAAGCGUCACUUUUCAAUCAGGACCAAACGUUGACGAGCUUUUUAAACUCAGGACUGUAGAUGUCGAAAGUAGAUCAGCUGGAUGGGUUAGCUGUCCGGUAGCAGAUAUGAGACACGUCGUUGUUCGACUGGAACUGAAAGGUCCUGACAAUUCGUUAAGACUCAGGCAGAUUCGAAUUUUGGGAGAAAUUGAAGGUGAAUCACUGAAAAUUGGCAAGCAACAUAGCGCAUUGACCAUUCAACAGAGGAACUGCGAAGCUGAGACAUUGAAAGUGUUUCGUUUGAUAACUGCACAGGUAUUUGGAAAAUUGAUACAAGGGGAACAGCAACAACCGAUGGAAGCCGUCGACAUUGCCAACAAAGGUUUGGAGGAGAGUAACGAUCUUCGUGAACACAUGGUCGGAAUUUUAUUCAGCAGAAGUAAACUUACUCAUCUGCAGAAACAAGUUUGUGCUCAUAUAGUUCAAGCUAUUAGAAAGGAGGCAACCCGUCUUCGGGAGGAAUGGGAGGCUCUCUUGUGCUCCGCCACUCCAGUGAAUAGCUUGAUGAGCGACGGCAGCGAUUUACCAAAGGCGGCAGAUACGUAUUGCUUUGAAAUGCUGUCAAUGGUUCUGGCGUUGAGCGGUAGUGCAGUAGGAAGAAAUUAUCUGUCGCAUCAAUACGGUUUACUGCGAGAUUUGUUGAGCUUACUUCACACCGGAUCUGCUCGAGUACAAAGACAGGUGACGUCACUGCUGAGAAGAAUGUUACCAGAGAUCAAGCCGUUGGCUCUUGCUAGUGUGGUCAACGUCGAACACCUGCCUCCUGCUGAUUUCAGCAUAGUGUCCGUUACGAAUAAAGGGCAUAUACAAUCUAACGAGUUCGAUGAACACGAACCAGGAAUACUCGACGUUUUUUUGAGUUGUAUCGCAAAGGCGCUAACUGUUCAAGUCAAAGUGAAAGGGAAGGAAAAUGGUGGUAAAGCCUUACAGACCGUGUCCCUGGCUACGAGUAUUCAUCCGAAGAAUGAUAUUGGCUCGAGAUGGUGGUUGAGAGGAUGUAUGACCAGAAAAUUAGCUGAAGUGAUUAUACAAUUGCUGAAAGAUAUGGCUGUGGGUAAGAUAUCCGAAGCUUGGGCAGCUGUAACUAAGGCUGCGAUAGCUGAAAAUAUACUGAACCUUACAAGACUGGACGAGAAAAGUCGAGAUCCGAACGAAUGUCUUCAUACACCGACUUUGUGGCUUGCUCUAGCUUCGCUUUGCGUCCUGGACAUCGAUCACGUUGAGAGGCUUUCUUCUGGACAGUGGAGUGCGGCCGAUGGGCAGCCACCACCACCCAGGCCGACUUGCAGUAAUCACGACGACAACGAGACGAACGCAAUAAUUCAAUGCAACGUCUGUGGUAAUCUGUGCGCCGAUUGUGACAGGGUUUUACAUUUACACAGACGUACUAGGAUGCACGUUCGUCAAGUCUGUAAAGAAGAGGAGGAAGCGAUUCGCGUUGAUCUUCACGAAGGAUGCGGACGUACAAAACUGUUCUGGGUCUUGGCUCUCGCGGACAGUAGAACUUUGAAAGCGUUGGUGGAGUUUCGCGAUGGUUCACCGAGUAAGCCGAUCGGCUCGACGUCGGGAGUUUGUCGAUUUUGCGGCACGACUGGAAACACAGGCUUACUCGCCAUCGGGAAUAUAUGCUCAGAUCACGACUGUCAGGAACACGCGAAAAAUGCUUGUAGCAAAGUUCAUCCCUGUGGACACGUUUGCGGUGGUGUACGAAACGAACAGCCCUGUCUCCCGUGCUUGCACAGAUGCAUACCUGGAACUGACUUAAAACAGGACGCCGAUGACAUGUGCAUGAUUUGUUUCACCGAAGCACUGUCCUGUGCUCCAGCCAUUCAACUGCAGUGUGGUCACGUCUUUCAUUUACAUUGCUGCCGAAGCGUACUUCUGAAACGAUGGGUCGGACCGAGAAUUACGUUCAGUUUCUCGCUUUGUCCCAUUUGUAAACAGCCGAUGGAUCAUCCAGCGUUGGCUGAACACUUGGUCAGUGUCAAGGCCCUCUUUGAAGACGUUAGAAGAAAGGCUCUGAUGAGACUCGAGUACGAAGGAUUGCACAAGGCCGAAGCAGUGGUUGCACCAGGAGCACGAUACCACCAGGAUCCUGCUGCUUACGCCAUGGAUCGUUAUGCUUACUACGUGUGCUAUAAAUGUCAAAAGGCAUAUUAUGGCGGUGAAGCAAGAUGCGACGCUCAACUCGGCGGAGAGACGUUUGAUCCUACUGAACUUGUUUGCGGAGGAUGUAGUGAUGUUGCAAGGGCCCAAAUGUGUCCAAAACAUGGUGCCGAUUUCCUCGAAUAUAAGUGUAGGUACUGUUGUUCAGUCGCAGUGUUCUUCUGUUUUGGAACGACGCAUUUUUGUAACACGUGCCACGAUGAUUUUCAACGAGUCGCCAAUAUUCCCAAAAUCGAUCUUCCCUCUUGUCCCGCGGGUCCUAAAGGUAAGCAACUAGAGGGAGACGAAUGUCCAUUGCACGUAAAACAUCCACCGACAGGUGAAGAGUUUGCUUUAGGCUGUGGCGUUUGUCGUAACGCGCACACCUUCUGAAUUUCCUAUACAUAUAUAUAUGAUUAAUAAUUUAUUACACUUCGAUCGUUAGACACAACCAAUUAUCGAACUUUGGGUGAAGUUCCGAUCGACAUAGUUUUAAUAGUUUAUAAUAUUGAUUGCGAUUAAUUGUCGUUAAUCGUUAUCGAAUGUGCCGGCUUAGCUAUACUAGUCCAAUCCUGGAAGCAGGAAAAUCACUCCUCGAAUUUACAUUUGUAUCUGGUAGCCAUAGUGAAGCCCGCUCUUCGAACUUGAGCGAAUGAUCAGCAACUUACUAUUGAUUUCGAGUAAAUUCAACCUCUCUUUAAUCAAAAAAUUUGCUGAGAAAUAUACUAUGGUUCUUGGGUAUGGAGGUAAUUAACAUGAAGCAAUCAGGGCCAAGCAAAAGAUGUUGAAAUUCGAUUUAUUUCAAAAGUAUAGCAAUUCAACCCACUUUGAAAUACCGUUGCAAUACGGCAAGUGUGAUCGAAUUUCAGGAUGUAUCACGGUCUUGAGCAUUUAAACGGAUCGUGGUUGCAGCCCAAGACUUGCAUGUUAGUCAAGUUUGUGAGAUGUUAGAUGAACAAUGGAAAGGAAUAAUUACUGAAUUUCAUGAAGUGCACUAAUAAAAUUAUUUAUUAUUCGUAUGAAUAAUCUUUACAUUAUUAUUACUAUGUAUACAUAUUAUAAAUAAUAAAUAUAGGGUAGGUACGAAGGUGUUAUUUAAUGAUUCGAUAUGAAUAUACAA